AUGGCGCCCGGAUCCUAUUACGUGCAGGCUCCGCCACCUGCUGGUUAUCCCACAAGAGAUGCUCCAAAUCCUGCUUCCGCUCAUCAUGGGCCUGUAGAAACCAAGUCCAAGGGUGAUGGCUUCUGGAAGGGAUGCUGGGUGGGGUAUGCAAUGUCAUCAGUUGAUGAUGUGGGACAACGUGUGACCAAACAUGUGGAAAAUAAAUAUUAUUCAAAGAUGAGUUCAUCAACUAACUCUGGAGCAGCAUACCCUCCCCCACCUUGUUCUACAGCGCCGAGUCAGGCUCCACCACCUGCUGGUUAUCCAACAAGAGAUGCCCCAAAUCCCCAUGGACAUGGAGCUGUAGAAACAAAGUCAAAAGGUGAUGGCUUCUGGAAGGGAUGCUGUGCUGCCUUGUGCUGCUGUUGCGUUUUGGAUGCAUGUUUUUGAACAUCAUCCAGGAGAUUCUUGAAUUGAGAGCCCAAUAAUCCACAUAUAUCUUUCAUUUGUGAAUUUUAUUUUAACACAUUUAUUUCAGUUUUUCCGUUGUUAUACUUCUAUGAGGAAAGGACCAUGUCAAUUUCCCAUUUAGUGAUCCUACGCACCGAUUGUCCAAUUCUUUUUAUUGUAUAAUGAUUCUUAUAAUAAAAUUUCUUCAUUUGCAGCUAAUAUAAGGAAAUCUUCCAUGAAUUUAUCUU